AUGACUAGCACGUUUUCUCGUCUCCUGGCUGGCCGCAGAACAGCUGUGCUCUUUGCAACAGUUAGCACAGGGGCCUUAACCACCGGAUACCUAUUGAAUCAUCAGAAUGUGAGAGCAGGAUCUCAUGAAAGACAAAAACUCUUUCCUCCAAGUGCAGACUAUCCUGAUCUCCGCAAACAUAACAACUGCAUGGCUGAAUGUCUCUCGCCAGCAAUAUAUGCUAAACUAAGGGAUAAGAUGACUCCAAAUGGGUAUACCCUGGACCAGUGUAUCCAAACUGGCGUUGACAAUCCUGGCCAUCCUUUCAUUAAAACUGUGGGCAUGGUCGCUGGUGAUGAAGAGUCUUAUGAGGUAUUUGCUGAGAUUUUUGACCCAGUUAUUAAAGUGAGACACAAUGGCUAUGAUCCAUAUGUAAUGAAGCAUCACACCGAUCUGGAUGCAUCCAAGAUUACCCAAGGUCAGUUUGAUGAGCGCUAUGUCCUAUCAUCACGUGUACGUACUGGUCGCAGUAUCCGGGGUCUCAGCCUUCCCCCUGCCUGCUCCAGGGCAGAGAGAAGAGAAGUAGAAAAUGUUGUGGUCACUGCUUUGGCUGGGCUGAAAGGAGACCUUGCUGGAAAGUAUUAUAGCCUGACCAAUAUGUCUGAGAAGGAUCAACAGCAGCUUAUUGAUGACCAUUUCCUCUUUGAUAAGCCAGUGUCCCCUUUGCUAACAUGUGCUGGGAUGGCACGUGACUGGCCUGAUGCCAGAGGAAUCUGGCAUAACCAUGACAAAACAUUUCUUAUCUGGAUUAAUGAAGAAGACCAUACCAGAGUGAUUUCCAUGGAAAAAGGUGGCAAUAUGAAAAGGGUGUUUGAAAGAUUUUGCCAUGGUUUAAAAGAGGUUGAACGGUUAAUUAAAGAACGGGGCUGGGAGUUCAUGUGGAAUGAACGCUUAGGAUAUGUUCUGACCUGUCCUUCCAACCUGGGAACAGGAUUACGUGCAGGAGUCCAUGUUAAACUUCCAAAACUCAGCAAGGAUCCCAGGUUUUCAAAGAUUCUGGAGAAUCUGAGGCUGCAGAAACGUGGCACUGGUGGUGUGGACACAGCAGCUGUGGCAGAUGUGUACGAUAUCUCCAACCUGGAUCGCAUGGGCCGAUCAGAGGUGGAGCUUGUCCAAAUAGUUGUUGAUGGGGUCAAUUAUCUGAUUGACUGUGAGAAGAAGCUGGAAAAAGGUCAAGACAUCAAGGUACCACCACCUUUGCCCCAGUUUGGAAGGAAGUGA